AUGUCGUCAAACGUUCGCUCCGGGGUGAUUACACUACUGCAUACAGCGUGUGGAGCUGGUAUCCUUGCCAUGCCAUAUGCAUAUAAACCUUUUGGUCUUGUUCCCGGUUUCGGCAUGUUAAUAUUUUGCGGAUUAUGUUCAUUGUUAGGACUCUUGCUGCAAGCAAGAGUAAGCCAGUACGUUCCCUCAAAAUCGGCUUCGUUUUUCAGUUUGACGCAACUGAUUAAUCCACAAUUGAGUAUUAUUUUUGAUUUGGCGAUCGCUGUUAAAUGUUUUGGUGUCGGUAUUUCUUACAUGAUUGUGAUUGGUGAUCUCGUACCGCAGAUUAUGGAAACGGUAACGUCAAACACAAUACUGUUAAACAGGAACUUUCACAUUACUCUAAUAAUGCUAUUAAUCGUUUCGCCAUUAUGUUUUCUGAAAAGCUUGAACUCAUUAAGAUAUGCUUCCUCAGUAGCUCUUUCCUCAGUUGCAUAUUUAUGUGUCCUCGUUAUUAUCCAUUUCCUAUUUCCGUCGGAGGAAAUCAACGAGUUGAAAGGUACUGUGUCAAUUGGAUUGCCAACGAGAGGUAAUAAUCCACUCACAACAUUGCCAAUUUUUGUUUUUGCCUACACAUGUCAUCAUAAUGCGUUCUCGGUUUUCAAUGAACAGAAGAAUUCUGGCUUUGACAGCACCAAGAAGAUCGCCUUGUACUCCAUUUCGUUUGCAUUUACACUUUAUUUAACAAUUGGCGGAGCAGGUUAUCUUACAUUCGGUGACAAGAUUGUUGGGAACAUCGUAACGUUGUAUCCACAGUCCUUCUCGACUACAAUUGGCAGGGUUGCCAUUGUUCUACUGGUAAUGCUUGCCUAUCCCUUGCAGUGCCAUCCUGCAAGAGCUUCGGUUAAUCACAUCAUACUCUAUAUGCAACACCGCUUCCCUACAGGCAAGGUACUGUCAAUAGCUGGAGAAAGUUCCUCAUUGAUUUCACCUGGUGCUUCUGACUUUUUAAACGACGAACUGAUAGAAGAGGGUUCACAGGGUCAAUCACAACAGCCGGAGGAGUCACAGGGACAGUUGAAAGGCGUGAAAUUCUAUGUAAUUACCACGUCAAUACUGAUUGCCUCUUAUAUCUGUGCGAUCUCGAUAUCUUCAUUGGCACGCGUUCUGGCAAUCGUGGGUGCAACCGGUUCUACUUCGAUAUCUUUCAUUCUCCCGGGUAUAUUUGGCUACUGCCUGAUUGGUAAGGAAUUUGUUCAGCAAGAUAUGCCCCCCAGAACAAAGCUAUUCAGGUACUCAGGAAUGGCACUUGCUAUUUGGGGAGUCUUCGUGAUGAUUGCUUGCUUAACAGCUACGCUGAGAGUGGGUGCAUCCCAUUAA